AUGACUUCGCGAAGAAUUGUCUCGACCGAGAAGACGCUCCUGGAUCAGGAUGAUCCUGCAGCUGCCCCGGGCAUGGGUGCGCCACAGGGUGACAGCAACAUCGCGCCCGCUGUUCCUGCGCACGUCAUCUUCAAGUUGCUCGGCUUCACGUUUGCCAUGAUCACGCUACCCAUCGGCACUUACUUCGUGACCGUCAACACCAUCUUCAAAGGAAACUCGACCUUCGCCGGUGGCCUUGCCGCGGUUAUGGCGAACGUGGUGCUCAUCGGCUACGUCAUUGUUGCCAUGAAGGAGGACCAGUCCGACAGGCUGGAGGCGGAGGCGGAGGCAAAGAAGGGAAGAUGA